AGUGAAAGUUACCAGAGUACAUGGAUCUAUGUGUCGAGAGUAAUGGUGAAUGGACCGUUGAUAAGCUUACAGCAAUAGCGCUACCAUCAAUUGAGGGUGAAAACAAUUACGACAUUUACGUGGCAACGUACACAUUUCAUUUUCGACGCAGCUCUGCAUUUUACAUCAUCUUGAUCAUAAUACCAUCAUUUGUGCUUACUUUCCUCUGUGUGCUUGGACUCUUUUGGUCUAGAUUUGACCAGACUGAUUACUUAGAAAAGCUCGGGCUUGGAUUUGCAGCAAUUCUUGCAAUGUGCACAAUCCUUGAGAUAGCUGAAGAGUCUGUGCCCAAAACCAGACAGCUUCCCUUGCUGUCAAUAUACAUCAUGAUAAAUCUACUGCUGUUGACGGUAGCGAUAUCGAUUGUUGUGAUAGCUUCUAAAACGUGUUCCUUGUCCUUUAAUAGUGUCCUAUCAAAAAGGUGGCUUCGCCGUUUCGAUCUCAAUCUAUGUGCAAGGUUUCGAAUCAUUUGCUUAGUCUUGUUUCCUUUAGCAGUAAUCGCCAAUCUUCUAGCAUUGGUAACGAAUGUAUGA